UUUGCACGUGAUUUCUGUUCCAGCGUGUACACGGAAUUCGAUGAUGUGGGUAAAAUGUGCCGGGAUUUGGUGAUGAUGAGGCUCUGGCAGAAAGAGAAGCUGGAGAAGAAGAGGAAGAUGGUUUCGUAAGGUUGAUGAUGCGCAUGGAGGCCCCUCGGAUCCUGGUCUCUCCGCUGCUCCUCCUCCUCCUCCUGAUUCCUUGAGUUCAUUUCCUCUGUCUUAUUACUAGUUAUAAAUGAUUACCAUUGCAUCAUGUUGUGAUUGUUCACUUUGGCGUCGGCGCGAUCUUCUGUCGGUCACGCGUAAUGUAGUGCAACUCUGAAUUCCCAGUUAGGGCUUGAUUUUUGUGACAUGGUGGAGAAGUUAAUUGUGUGGGUUCAGUGGACUGCAUUGUGGGAGGUGUGAUUCGGGAGCCAGACACGGAGUGCGUUAGAGUUGCAGGGUACUGUGGGUAAAGGUUGCGGGAUUUUGAGGUGGAAGAAGACGUUAAGAGUCAUUGGGUGGUGAGGAAAAGUGGUGUUGGUGACCACGUUGUAGAGUUUUGGUUUUGUUCGGGACGAGGAGGGAGGAUGGGGAUUUCUAGUGGAGACAGCUUUGGAUCCGGUGGUGGGAGUUCGUUUGGUUCAAGUAGUAGCGGGGGCAGGUUCGACUUUGAUUCCUCAACGCAUCAUCACCACCAUCAUAGGGAUCCCUUUUAUUCCAACUCUUUUGUUGGUUCCUUCCGUGGUAACAAUCAGAGGGAGUCAUCGGGCGGCAGCGGAUGCGAAGGAGGAUGUGGAAAACCGUGUUCCAUAUUUGUUCCCUUCUUCACCUGCAUUGGAUCACUAAUUGUAAUAUUUGGUUUCUUCCAAUCGGAGCAAGCACCAAUGUCGUUGAAUUAUUCACGUCUCAUAUCUACCUAUUCAGUGUUCGUGAAGGAGAUACAGAUACAAAAUUUAAGGGAUCCAGGUCCUGUUAUCUACUCAUUCUCUGAAAGGCCUGCUCUACGUGAAUCGGUGGACUAUAUUGAGAAUCAUGUCGACUUGGUGGAAACUUUCAGCCACAGGGAAUGGCGUUAUUGGCUUAAUAAAGGUUCUACAAUCCGGGUUUCAUACGAUGUGAAGGGAUUAGCAGGAGAUUCCCUUGUGCUUGCAUUUAUCAAAGGAACGCAGGGGCUUGAGGAUUGGAAAAAAGCUCCCAACUCCCCAACCAAAGCUCUAAAGUGGUAUCGAAUUCAUGGAAAUGGGAUUAAAGAAUUUGUGGUAGAUCACGAUGAUGAGCACUUCAUUGCUUUCGGCAAUCUCAAUAUUCAAGAUAUGGAGGUAACAACUGAAAUGAAGAUACACAGUACACUUUACGAUGUCAAAGGCGCCAAAAAUAGCACAGCAUUUACUCCCGACUUUGAUGCGGUCACCUUUCAUGUGUCUCUGUUUCAGUCGGAUUGUCUAGUGCUAGCUACACCUAGUGAACCACAGGGUGGUGUGGACGUUUGGGAGGUACAUAUCGUCUAUACUGCACGAUGGGCCACAUUUUUCUUAAUCUGGGGGACAAUUGCCUUGGGAUUGUUUAUCCUGUGCGGUGCAGAAGCAAGAGGGGUACGCCUUUGGCGGAAUAAUCAAGAGGAACUUCCUUUGUUGGCUCCACAAAACGAUCAGGCGGUGCCCAGUGCUGUAACAAGCUACUCUCCAAGUGGUACAGCUCAUCCUCCACUAGGGAGUUUAGAUGAACUUGGUGAAAGUCCUAGUAGUGAUCACCACCUCUGCAACAUUUGUUUGGACGCACCGAAGGAUUGCUUCUUCGACCCUUGCGGUCAUCGAUGCACCUGCUUUACUUGUGGUCAGAGGAUACAAGGAAAUUCUUCAACGUGUCCCAUAUGUCGUCAGCCUAUUCGUGCCGUCCGCAAAAUCUUUGAUACUUGAGGAAUUGACGGUUAAUGCAUUUCUACAAGCACAAUUGAGUGGUUAGUCCAUCAAAGUACUGUGGUGGACAAUGGGUUGUUUUUACGUGAGAAGAUGCAAGUAUGAGAAUAUUCCUCCUAAUGUAGAAGUAUCAAUAUUUCGGAGGUCUCUGUGUUAUUUGUCCAAGUAGGAUUUGAAUUUUAGGUUGAAAGUUUGGAGAUUGUUUAGAAAGGUGUGUGAUGUUGGAUUUCAAUAACCUUUUAUUACAGAAUGUGUAAUCCGAUGAAUGUGUUUUGAUACAUUAGUCUAUUACUUUUA